GUUUUUUUUGUCUUAUGUUUUCAUUCUAGUCUCAAAACGUGAGAUCGGGCGGCGUCCAUGGUUCAAACAGCGAUACAAUCAUAACACCCGUUAUAUCCCUCAGCACCCCAUCGUAUUCUGGUUCCAAUCCAUUGAGCACCCCCGUCAUGCCUAUCAAUACACCGAUGUCGCACUCUGGUCCUCCGUUUCACUCGUCCUACGAUCAAUUUUCAGUGGAACCGGGGGAAAGCAAUUCUCGUGUAGCCCCGGCACAAUAUUUAACCUUGCAACAUAACCAACAUCUUUUUGCUCAACAAAUGGCCAUGCAAAGCAUGCUAGGGUAAGGAUAAAAUCUUGUGUGAAAAUUUCACUACUUAAGCCCUGGGCAAACUAGGAAACAUUGUUGCGGAAACAUUUGUGAUUCUCGAUGUUUCCUUAAAUGUUUCCAUGUUUGCCCACCCGUGGAAACAUUGUUGCGGAAACAAAAUUUGCUUCCCGGGAAGCAAAAAUGUUUCCUACCAACUUCAGAAACAUUUGAUGUUUCCCUAUGUUUCUCACUAAUGUUUCCCAGUGUUUGCCCACUCUGGGAAACAUGGCGAAACAGUGGUAGGAAACGAUGUUUCCGCAACAAUGUUUCCUAGUUUGCCCAGGGCUUUAGGAAGCAUCUUGUCUACUCAUAAAUAUACCAAAAUCCAGUAUGCUCAUGAGCAUGCUCAUAUAUUCCCAAAUCUGUUAUACACAUGAGCAUUUAUCUCCUUAUUUAGGGCACGUACUUCCCAAAACUCCUGAUUUUUUCCACCCCCGAGGAGAGGGGGGGGGGGUAUUUAUAUGCCCAACCCACCUCCGAUUUUCAAGAUUGCUUUCGAAUCUAAAAAACUAAAACCUAAUCUGUCAUUUUUCAGGGGGAAUUCAUUAGGUGGGGGUGGCAUGGCGAACCGUCGCAUCCCGGGCUCUAAUAUGGCUGUGGUGGUGAAGUCUGAACCGCCCUCGGAGAAUGAUCCCAUAUCACCGGGUUCCCGGUCCCCGCUAUCUCCGACCUCAUCUUACAACAGUCGCCGACCGCGCGAGAAAGAUGGACUGGACGGAGGAGACCCAAAACGCGUAAGACUGGACGCGAAUCACAACGAUAGGUGGCGUUAGCAAUAGUCACGGAAUUACUAGCUGUGUUUUAUGCAGCUUUUGUCACUGACCUCAAAAUUAGAUUGGAUUGCUCAACGCAGCGGAAAAUGGAUGACUUUCGAUUUUUUGCCAGUCACUGAUCCGAAACUGGAGCUGGAUAGCGAACCCUUUUGAAUUAAAUGAGCCAGAAACUGUUAGAAACUCCCCUGAAGGCUCAUUCACAUUUGCAAUUUUUGGUGCGAUGUUAGGUGAGAUUUUCUUCUCCUGAUGUAUGUGAAAGAGUGGAUGAGUUAGGAGUUUUCAGGUUAGGGUACAUAUACUCAAAUCAUUCAUAGUUUAUUUACUCAUUCACAUCCAUCAGAAAAGAAAAGACACUAGAAAUUGGAAGCAAUACCACAGUAGAUUCGUGCUGGUCACAUUAAUAUGGCCGACGUUGGCUUCAUUUAUGCGUAGUGUGGAUGCUCUAUUUUCGGAUCAGUGAUCACAGUUGUUCAAUCCAGUCUUAUCUAGAGUUCAGUGAGUUUGUAAAUAUUUAGUUUUACAAAUGUUUUAUCAUAGACGUAUCAUAGUAUUAUCCCGCUCUUUUUAAAAGAGAAUAUCAUCGCUCGUGUUCAUUACUUGCUGCUAGAGAAAGGCUUUAGAGACCUGUUCAGUGACUAGAACUGUGUAAAUAGAAAUGCGAACUUGGGUGCUUUUCAAAGGCAUACACUUCAGUGCGUUACCGCGUUAAUUAUUAGGUACAAUACAUAGACAAUUUCGCAAUGCCAAUAUAACUGCAAGAAACAGU